AUGCGUAACGUUUCGUGCCACGUCACGAAAAAAAAAAUUUUCGAUGCAUUCGACAUUAAAGACGUGGAAGGAGAAGAAGAUGAUGAUGAUGAUUCGGACAGAACACACGAAAACAAACCCAUAUUAACGUACAAUCAAUUAAAAAUUUCGCCUAAAUCGUCGAACAAUUUCGAAUCAUGUUCGACGGAAGGGGAAUCCGCGAAAUUUAUCGAUUAUUUAGAAGAAGAACGGAAAAGAUACAAACCGCGAAUCGUCGGUGAAAUAUUAAAAAAAGAUGUCAUCGAUAGGCGAAAUUUAGUGCGUGGGAAAAAAUUAAACCCCGUGAGACCUUCGUCGUCGGAUUACAAAAUAAACGAUAAAUCCGAGUGCGACGUUAAAAUAAGUUGUUCGGACGUAAAUUUAAAAAAAACUAAUAGUUCGCCGGAUGUUGUUAAAUUAAAAAAUUAUUUUGUAAAUUCUACAACAGGAAUGACAACAGGAACAGCAACGACAGGAACGGGAACGACAACGGUAAUCAAAAACGAAAUGAAUAAUAAAAUCAAUUUGAUUAAAAGAAAAGAUCUCAGAGACGUGGAAGAUGAAAUCGUCGGCAUUGAUAGGAUAUCGCCACCUCAUAUGACGUCACUAUCAAAAUCAAAAGAAAAUAAUUUAUUAGUGAAAUGGAAUUCGAAUGUUAAAUAUAAAAAGUGUUGGAAAUUCGGGUCGAGACGUGAAACGGUUCGCACGAAUUUGAUAAAAAAUAGUAAAAAAACAAAAUUUCGCACGGCUUUGAGUCGUUUUAACGGUGGUGCCAACGGUAAACUCAACGAUCACAACAUACUUUUACAGUACGACACACUCGUUAAGGUACCAACUGUGAAAAGUCAUCACAGUAGGAAUUCGAGCGUUAUUUCUCGAACGAGUUCCAGGCACGGACGCAUAAUAAGGCUCGAACAAAAAGCAACCAAAGUUUUAGGCGUCGUAUUUUUCACUUUCGUCAUACUUUGGGCUCCCUUUUUCGUACUCAAUUUGGUUCCGACCAUAUGCGAAGAAUGCGAGGAAAACAUACCGAGCGGAGUUUUCGAUUUUGUUACUUGGCUCGGUUACGCGAGCUCAAUGGUUAAUCCCAUUUUUUAUACGAUAUUUAAUAAAGUUUUCAGGGAUGCAUUUAAAAAAGUUUUAUUGUGUAGGUACAAACGGAAAUGGGACAAUUCUAGAUAA